AUGAAGGGCUUUACCGCUUUCAAGGCAGCUUCGCUGCUGUCCGCUCUUUCUGCCCCAUUGGCCUUGGCCCAGGACUCAUUCACUCAUGCUGGCACUGGAAUCACUUUCGAGCGUCAGACUAUCUCCACCAGCGAGACAACUGGCGGGCUUGAGUGGGGUUUCGCUCUGCCAGCGACUGGAUCAGGCAACGCUGAGUACAUUGGUUACAUUAAAGGAUCUACACCAAGCGGAAAAGGAUGGAGUGGUAUCAGUCACGCAGGUGGCAUGGCCAAUUCGCUUCUGCUUGUAGCCUCGCCUGAUGGCACAAACGUGAAGACGCAAUUUGUUUGGGCAGGUGGAUACGUCGCUCCCGAUGACUACACCGGCAACGCCACAAUUACACAGAUCUCGCACACUGUCAGCACCGACAGCUUCGAGUUGAUCUACCGAUGCCAGUGGUGCUGGGUCUGGGACCAAAAUGGUGCAACUGGCUCGCAAAUCCCCGAUGAGACCCAGGUCAUUGGAUGGGCUCAGCACAAGGACCUUCCUUCGAAGCCGUGGGUCCAGCACAACAAUGGACAAAGCAUCUUUGGUAUUCCAGUUGCGCCUGCCAGAAACGCUAGUUACUCCGACUGGGUCAAGCUUGGAGAUGGAGGCGGUACUCCCACUGCCACCCCUACUGCCACCGCCUCUCCUACUUCCUCGGCCCCUGCCACCCCCACAAGCUGCGCUGGUCAGCCUGCCCCUACGGAAGCCUACGACUACAUCGUUGUUGGAGCCGGUGCUGGUGGUAUCCCGGUUGCCGACAAGCUUUCUGAGGCUGGCAAGAAGGUUCUACUCAUUGAGAAGGGCCCACCAUCGUUAGCCCGCUUUGGCGGAACUAUGAAGCCUGACUGGCUCAAGGACUACCAGCUGACACGCUUUGACGUUCCGGGUCUCUGCAACCAGAUCUGGGUCGACUCUGCCGGCAUUGCAUGCACAGACACUGACCAGAUGGCCGGAUGCGUUCUUGGUGGAGGAACCGCCAUCAACGCUGCUCUUUGGUGGAAGCCUGUUGCAAUCGAUUGGGACACCAACUUCCCCUCUGGUUGGAAGUCGGCCGACAUCAAAUCUUCUGUUGAUGCUGUAUUCAAGCGUAUUCCGGGUACCGAUACUCCGUCUACAGACGGCAAGCGCUACAAGCAGGAAGGCUUCAACGUGCUUGCCACUGCCUUCACUGCGGAUGGCUGGAAGCAGGUUACUGCCAACGACGUCCCCGACCAGAAGAACCGUACCUUUUCUCAUUCGCCCUUCAUGUACGAGGGCGGUCAGAGGCAAGGUCCUCUUGGUACCUACCUUGUGACCGCUACCCAGAGGACCAACUUCAAGCUACUCACCAACACCACUGUCAGGCGUGUUGUCCGUACUGCUGGUACGGCAACCGGUGUCGAACUCGAGAGUGGAUACUGCGGCACCGUGAAGCUUAACACUGGCGGGCGCGUCAUUCUGUCUGCUGGUACCUUCGGGUCCUCGAAGCUUCUCUUCCGCAGUGGUAUUGGCCCAACUGACCAGCUCAACGUUGUCAAGAACAGUGUACAGGAUGGUCCUUCGUUCAUCAACUCGUCUCAAUGGAUCAACCUCCCAGUUGGCCAGAACUUGAACGAUCACGUCAACACCGAUCUUGUUGUCCAGCACAAUAACGUCUCUUUCUACGACUUCUACCAAGCCUGGACUGACCCUAUCGCUAACGACAAGAAGAUGUACCUCGAAAGCCGCGCUGGUAUCCUUGCUCAGUCCGCACCCAACAUCGGUCCUCUUGCUUGGGAGGUCAUCAAGGGUACCGAUGGCAAUGACCGCCAGUUCCAGUGGACUGCUCGCGUUGAGGGUCCCAAGACAGGUGACAACUACUCCAUGACCAUCUCCAACUAUCUCGGCCGUGGUUCGACCUCGCGUGGUGUUGCUACCAUCAACGGUGCGCUCAGUAUGACUGUCAGCAAGCCUCCUUACCUUGCGCAGCAGGCCGAUACCGACGCUGUGAUUGCCAGUUUGAAGAGCAUGCAGAAGGCCAUUGCUAAGUUGCCAUCAAUUACCUGGGAGGUUCCUGCACCCGGUGUCUCGAUUGAGGACUACGUCGCCAGCCUUCCUAAGACCCCUUCUGUUCGCCGUGCAAACCACUGGAUCGGUACUGCCAAGGUCGGCACUGACAGCGGCCUCAAGGGUGGAACUGCCGUCGUGGACACGAACCUGCAAGUGUACGGCACCACCAACAUCCACGUUGUCGAUGCCUCCAUCUUCCCAGGCCACAUCACCACCAACCCGACAUCAUACAUCGUCACUGUUGGUGAACAUGCAGCCAAGAAGAUCCUGGCAUUGAAGUAG